AAGAAGUAAAGCCGCUCGCUCGGCGGCUGGCUUUGUAAAACAGAAGUGGACCCUGAGCGUCGUUGCCCUGGAUGAUAAAUGUUACCAAACUUGUAGGAUGACUUCAUUACAGCCGAGCAACAAAAAAAAAUUGCAAUCAAAGAGGCACGAUUCACAAAUUAUUGAACGAUAUUCUUCUACAGCCUAAUGGUUUCCUUCUCCCGACCAACAGCUACAGUCGGGCGUUUCCCACGUAAUUCCCCAAUGCAGAUGAAGAACCAUUUUCAGAUCCCAUUUCUCCGGGUAUAAAUAGAGAACUGUGAAGGAUCGCGACGCGAAAGCUGCUUGUGAUUGCGACGCGAAAGCUGCGUGUGAUUGCGACAGCCCGCUGAUUUAUGGAAUUAGAUAUUUCCAUCAUAUUUGUCCUAUUUCAACGUUAAGCAAGUGUUUAACCAGUAGACCGCAGGAUUUAUCCUAAGUCUAUUUCGGCUCAUGGUGACAUUGGAAACUAACUCUGAGGCCGAAUCAGGACAGAAUUCGGCACCAACUGGCUUCACACAGAUGAAGAAAUUUAAGAAUCACAUAAUGGGAAACAAGGUAGCCUGUAUGCAGACGGCUGACAGUUCAGGAAUAGGUUCUAAACCUAAAGUGAAGAAACACAAUAGGCUAAGGGCCAUUUUCUCACUAUUUUCGCAUAAGAAGGAAAAAACACUUAAUUCAACAGAGGACAUUGUGGAUAUUGUAGAUAUCAAUGGCAAAACUUGGGAUUCUGCUGAAGUAUUAUCAGAAAUGGACAUCAAAGAACUUAUUGAAAAAAGGCAGUAUUUUAAGGCCGACUGCCACCUCAUCAAAUUGGAACAUAAACAAUAUACUAAUGAUACAACAGAGGCUGAUGAAGAACUCGUCAAAGAGCAAAAGAAAGGAAUAGAAUCACUGUAUGAGCUGCUUAGUGCUGAAAUUUUCACAGUGGCAAAAAACUCAAUGAGCAUUUCCAAGGAAAACCCAGAUCUGUUGAAGAUGGCAGUAAGAGUGAUCAUGCAAGAAGAAAAAGCGGAUCAAAUAUAUCUAGAGGAAAAGGAGAAAUCUGGAGCUAUUGCAGAAGUUAGGCCAAGAAGAUGGGAAACUAAAUGGUUGAGUAUUAUAGAGCAAUCUGUCAAUGAAAGAUUAGGUGAGCUACCCAGUAUUCCUGAUGCUGCAGAAACCAAAUGGCUUUUUGAGCAUUUAGUGCAGCAUCAUAAAAAACUGAAAGAGGAUUUUGACACCAUUGUGAACUGCAUCAAACCAUGUUAUCCUCAAGAGUACAACAUAUGCGAAAAGUAUGUGGAAUAUUAUCAUAAAAAAAGUUCAUCCCUCAUGGAAUUAAUCAUAGAAAGUGAACCAAAAGGAAAAAAUGUUUAUCCUUUUUUGCACUGGAUUUACUCCUGUUAUCCAAAUCUUCUCAGUACCAUCACACAAUCUGAAGAAACAAGUCAGGAAAUGUCAAAGACCUUGCUCCCAGAGAGGAUGAUCAGUCAUUUGAAAAGUGAAUACUUUUCUGCCUUACAGUCAGAUACCAGAACACAUAUGUAUAAGAGUCUCCGUAUAGAAGAGGACAAAUGGAAACGUGAAGAAGAACCAAUUGUGCUGAAUGAGUAUUACCACAGUGAGCUACCCAUUGACAUAAUCCAGAUAAUUGAAGGGGCAAUCCAGGAGGCUGGAACUCUUACUAACGAGAUGGUUGACAAAACAGUUGUCAUCAUACUGGAGGAAGCACAUUCCUUCCUGGGAAGCUUCCAGCAAUCGGCAGAGAACUUUGAGAAAACCAAUAUGAACCAAACAAACUUCAUUUCCAUUAUUAUUUUAAUCACCAACUGUUGUGAAGUUAUCAGGAAUUACAUUGACACAAAUGAGAAAAUCACAAAUACAGAAUUGACGGAGAAAAUCCGAUCACUUUUGAAUGAAAUGGAAAAAAAGACAAAAGACGUUUUGUUAAAGACUUUGUUUUGUAAAUUAAAGCCUCAUUGUAAAAAGCUGGUGACAGGAAAAUGGCUUGAGUCUUCAGAACCCAUGAUCAAAAUGCUUGGAAUAUUGGAGGAACAUCUUACAAAACUAGAGAAAUUAAAAGCACCCUUGUAUCAGGAUACAUUGAGGGAAAUCCAUAAGCAACUCAUUAUAGAAUACAUUAUAAGAAUUAUGAAGAAAAAGCUAAAUUGCAAAACAGUAAAUGAGCAGAAGAAAGUGGCAAACCAAAUAAAGAAUGAAGCUGAGCAGUUACAGAAACUCUUCUCCUUUUAUAGAUCUGAAACUACACAUCUAGAGUCUGCACUCCUUAAGAUAGCUGAAAUCAUCAGGCUUAAGGAUGUUGAAGCUAUCACAAUGGAAGUUGCUGCACUUUCCCGAGACUUCCCAGAUGUUCAAAAACAUCACAUUGGAGCCAUCUUAUACCUUAAAGGGAACUUGAAAAAAUCAAAUGAAAAGGAGAUUCUGAACAUUCUUAACACCCCUAUGAAUAAUACAGACUCUUCUGUGGAUAUGAAACUCUUCACCAGUUCGACAGUUCUAAAGGAUCUUUGAAAGUCAAGACAUCACUGGGAUCCAUUACAGUGGUUUUCAAACUGCAGAUAUUUUUUAGUCUUAUCAUGCUAAAGGAUUCAAUUGUAAGAGGAUGCCUUUUCAAGUGCACGUUGUCAGCUUGUCAUACUUCUGAUGUGGUACAUUUGGACAGUAUUUGUCCACCUAGGUUACACCACUGUGAAAUCUUUCCUUUCCUUCAACCAGCAAUCUUAUGGCUGAAUGUCUACAGAAAAGGAAAGGACUUGCAUUCUCUAUGAUACCCAUCGCCUCCCUGAAAUGUCUAAAUGUACACUGUAACUUCAAGUUGUCACUGAUUAGCCUUAGGAAAAUGCAUGAUAAAAUUUAUUAUUUACCUGAAUUUGAUUCUAGAAUGAAUAAAUCCAUUAGACAACAAGGCUUGGAAUUAGAGACAAGAGAAAAUCUGCAGAUGCUGGAAAUCCGAGCAACACACACGAAAUGCUGGAGGAACUCAGCAGGCCGGGCAGCACCUGGGAAAAGAGUACAGUCGAUGUUUCGGGCCGAGACCCUUUAGCAGAAUUAGAGGUCAGGUUUCAGGUGGUGAGCAGUAGACAAUUCGCAUUCAAUUGCUGCUGUGACACCAAAUUCAUUUAAACUUAGAGGGCAGGCAAGGAGUGACAAGUUAUAUUGCCAGAUUUUGUUCCUGGUUUGCAGGAGUAGUAGUCACUUUGACUGAAAACUGGAAGGCAAGCAGGCAUGAAAGAAGGCAGGUGCUACAGUAAUUACAGAAAAUGUCAGAAACACUGGGUCAUCAGGAAGCAUCUGUGGAAAGAAGCAGGGUUAAUAUUUCAGGUAAUGGCCAUUCAUAAGAAACAGAAAGCGAGAAAACAAGUUAGUUUAGGCAUAACAGAACAUGUGGUUCCAUGUUGGACCAAAAGGCAAAGUCCCAAGAUUGAAUUGCUUGUAGUCAGCUGUUGUUUAGAAGGUGGUUUUAAAUCACCAUUAAGAUUGUCAAAUGAAAGUAUAGGAAAUUGCUCUUUCCUCUAGAAAAGCUGAAGAAGCAGCUGAAUGUGAUGAUUACUUAUGAUGACAUUAGGAACUCCAUGGUCAGCUGCUCUAUAAUAAACCGGUUUAAUGAUUCAUUUGGUCUGAUCUUAUCAAAAGUCCACUUGGGCUACCAUUGAAAAGAUUUAAACAAUAAGUAUUCAAGGAGAUUUUAAAACUAUGCUUCAUUUGACAGAUGCCAUUUUUAUUGUGACCCCACUGAACGAGAGAAUUAUUAACUGUAGAUUAGACUAUGCAGCAACAGUUGAUUCUCUUUGAAGUGGGAUCAUUUCUUGUUGUAUGGGAAAAAAGUGCUGCAGGGAGGUGCUCCAGAUAGGUGGAACUCUCACAGAGAAAACUUUUAUCCCAUUCAUUUCUAAAACUUAUGAACCUAAGGAUCAGCAUUCCUCCUUUUAUACAACGCACUUUGCAACAAAGAACAAUAUCAAAUUCUAGAUGGUGUUGAUGCGUAUUGUCAGUUUAUUAUAGAAAUCACAAUGCUAACAAGAAGGAAUUCCGUAACCUAUGCUUUUUUUAAGCACUUACUCCAAGUAUUGUAGGGCAGAAAAACAUCUAAUUAUCUGUCAGUAAAAAUACUAAUUUAUUGGCAUUUACUGUCCUGCUGUUUAAAAAAAUGUCUUGGGCAACCCUACUUCAAAUUAAAGCUCUUAAAUGAUAGUUUCCUUUUUCUUUUCCAAAACAUACUUACUUCCAUUAACAUAUUGGAACAUUUUGGAGCUGGAAUUUCCAUCUUUUAAAAGCUGCUUCUGAUGGGUUGAAAAGUUUACUUCUCAGACAAUCAGUCUGCACUUUUUGUUAUUUAACUCAAUUCAAUAACAUUUAGUUUAGGUACAGAUAUGUUUUAAUAAUUUGGAUUAUAGAGUUAGAGGCCUUCAUAUUGUGUUUUAUGGCAAAUUUCACAGUGUGUCAUAUACCGUGACAAACAUCAUUAUCAAGUGCAGAAAGAACAAUGCUACAACCACUCAGCAGAUCAAGCAGCAUUUGUGCAAAGAAAUGAAUUAAAUGUUUCAGGUCUAGACACUUUGUCAGAAUUGAUACUGCUUUUAUUUCAUAUUUCCAGUAUCUGCAGUAUUUUUUAUAAAUUUUCAGUGUUCUACUGCUUCUUGCGUGAACUGAUCUGUGACUAUUACGGAGAAAAGAAUAGAAGAUGUUUUUUAAAGGAACAAAAUGUACUCUCGUUAUUUCAUUCUGUACCAAUGUGCUUUUUAGCGCUUAAGUAACUUUUAGCACUUUCAGAGAACAUUCCAUUGUCCAAUAUUGUAGCAGAAGCUGAAUGAUUGUACUAAAAUAAUAGAGGAAUAUAAAAUGAGCAUGCUACAGAUAUGCAUAUCUCACUAUCAGUCUUAUCUAUGCACUGUAUUUUAAACAUUGUUGUUAGCCACUUUCAUUAACUGCACAAGAAUUAUAUUUCAAUAUGAAGUCAACAAAUGUGAACAAUAAACUAUUUGAUGCUGAGUUUCAUGUAAGUCUGAAGAAUUUUCUUCAUAUUCAGCUUAAACGCCAUUCAAGUUCAUCAUACAGUAAUUUCUUUAAAAUAUUUAUGUUUAGUAUGUACUAAAUGAAAAUCUUUGCAUCAUUUUAUAAUGUAUGAAAAAUGACACAGAUAUUGAAACACAGUAUCUAAUCUUGAACAAUCUAUUCUUAAGAAUGUAUUAUUGGGCUGUUAAUGUGUGAUAUAUGACCUUUUGGUUAUAUUGGGUUGAUAAGGAGGAUCGGCCUAUCUGGGUAGAUUUGGAAUUCAAAGCUGUGAAACAGUUUUAUUUAACCUCAUUAUUGGGAGCUGCUUUGCCUAUACAAUUAGCUAAAGUUGCUAAUUUAAACUUAUACCCUGUGAUUAAGCAUUCUUUACAAACUUGGCUUCAGUUCCACAAUAUUUUUAAUCUUAAAAAAUUUAAGCUUUGUAGUUUAAUUUAUCGAAACUACUUUUUUAAGCCUUCUUUGAGUGAUCCAGUUUU